AUGCCGGACCCUGAUGACUUAAUUUUACCGACUGAUGCCAACAAAGUCAGAGGCCGAUUUGAACUGGCUUUCUUCACCAUCGGAGGCUGUUCUAUUACAGGUGAAAUCUUGUUUUGACCCUUAGUCUCGCUCUUGAGCCUGUAUGAAAUGUCAAAUAUAAUUGUGUAUAUUCUUGUUGGUGCUGCGGUUGGAGCUCAUAACGGGCUCCGCAUGGGUCUGUCAGAGACCAAAGACAUGGCUUGCUCUAAGCCACGCAAUGUACAGCUCCUAAAUCUGGUGACCCACCAAGGAGCGACAUGGGCGAACACACUUGGUUCACUGGCUUGGUUGUACAGUGUGUUUGGGGUGGCCAUCGAGAAGGCACGGGGAGCAGAGGAUGACAUCAACACUGUUGCUGCUGGGACAAUGAAAGGCAUGCUGUACAAGUCCACAGGGGGUGUACGUGGACCAGCGCGAGGGGGCCGCUCUGUCAUCUCUCUAUAUAACAACUGGGACCACCUGAAGGGAAACCCUCCCACCCACUACUGAUGGAACAUUGACCAGUCAAAACAUUUCCCCAAAUAUAUCUUGAUUCCUUUGUAGACAUAUCCUCCCUUUCCGUAAUAACUUAUCUUGUACCCGAGUUAGGCCCCUAAAUUUGCAUUAGUUUGACCUAAUUUAUGCUGUAAUGCACAUCAACGUUGCACAUUCUGAUGUGUAUCAAUUUUUUGCUGGUGUUAGGAUUCAUUGCUGUGACUAUCUGAUCAACUGUCUAUGCAGAGCUUUUCCCUGAAUUGCACUGUCUGUAAAUGUCACGUUGAAUCAGUAUUAUUGACUGACUUGAAUGUUGUUGCAAAGAUUGAAUGCUGUCUUACUGAAGUGAAAGGUGGAGUUGCUUCCUACAGAUGUCUACAUAAGUAUCUCAUUCCACAACUUUGCAUGUGGUAAUUUGCAAAUGUUUGCGUUAUUAUUCCAAGAGAAUGUUACUGUUAAUUUUAUUACAAAAACAAGUCAGUUUGUUAAACUAAGGGAACAUAAUGUCCUGCUUUCUAUAAAAUGUAUGAUUUCCUUUAUCAGUAAUGUCUUACCAAGCCAUCUUGUGAUUUCACCUGACUUGCAAAGAUGUAAAAAGAGGCUAUCAAGUCAGUUCUGCUCAUCACUGUAAACAAAUAUCAAGAAGUAAUGAUUAUUUUGCUGUUUCAAAGGUUGCAGUCAUUGAGUUCAAUCAUAUUUGACACUGAUCUGUAUGUUGAAUUAGAUUGGUCCUCACAUUUGUUUACUUGUGACAGGUUUUGCUACAUGAAGUUUCUGCAGUUCCAGAAAAAGAAAAAUGGUAACGGGGCAAAGAAGUUAACCCACUUGUCUCUACAGUCUUGGCACGGUUCUAUUGGUCUAAAACCCUUUAAAAAUAGAUCGAAGUUUGUUUGCAGAUUCUAUAUAGAACACUUGCAGCAGUUGUAGGGUAUUCAAGAAAUGUGAGCUAUGCACUUCUUGACUCAACCCAUUUCAGUGAGGGGGUGUCUGAGUAGAUAUAGGCCAUAGGUUGAGGCCAUCACAUGCACAGGCAGGGAGAAACAAAGACGCCUGUGCAUUGAGUUCAGAGUAUGGUUGAUCUGUGGCCAAUCUCUGUCAUCGGUAAUCAUGGGAAGACUGGUGGAACUUGUUGGUCUGACAUGGCUUAUCUAAUCCACAAUAGUUGGGUACACAACUCCAUUGUGACAGCAGCAAAUAUUGUCAUCAGCACAACAUUGGUUAAUGCUUCACUGUGCAUUUCUCCAGACGAAUUGUCCAUGCUUGCAACUUGGUUUGGGCAAUAAAAAGAAGUUCAAACA